GCAGGCGCACUGGCUCGCACCUGGCUCUGGGCUACCCGCGCGACUCGAUUGCGGUGAGGGACUGCCGGGCUGCUGGGGCUGGGGGCCGCACCUGGCUGCAUCGGUGCCAGUCAGAACCAGAGGACGGACCCAAGGAGGACCGCAAUGGCGUCCGCCCUAGGAGUCCUGGAGCUGUCUACGGGGGUCCCUAAGAUAGAAAGAGACAGAAGGAGAGAGGGAAAGGGGAAGAGUUCACACACUGAGGCUUCUUCCUGUGCUGUGGUGGCUGGCCUCGAACCUGGUUGUGCCCAUGACAAAGCAGGUUAGAAGCUCUGAUCCUCACCAGACCCAUGGAGUCAGCAUCUACAGCUGACAGAGUCCCCAGGCGACGUGUAGCUGAGAGGCGUUGCUGCACUGGGACUCUUUCAUUUCAUUCCCACUCAUGGGACAGGGAUGGCCAGAUUGCCAGUGGCCAUGAACCUUCCUCCUCAGUAUUCCUGCUGUGACUGAGGCAGCCAUGGGGCUGGUGAGCCUGCCUACGCCUGUGGUCUAUGGCUCCCUGGCUCUCUUCAUCUCUGUCCUGCACAAUGUGUUUCUGCUCUACUACGUGGACACCUUCGUCUCUGUGUACAAGAUCGACAAAGUGGCCUUCUGGGUUGGAGAGACGGUGUUUCUUCUCUGGAACAGUUUCAAUGACCCCCUCUUCGGCUGGCUGAGUGACCGCAAAUUCCUCAGCUCCCAGCCCCGGUCAGGCUCCGGGCUCUCACUGAGGGCUGUGGUGCUGGCACGGGUGCGGGCACUAGGCAGGCAUGGUCCUCUGCUGGCGCUGUCUUUCCUGGCGUUCUGGGUGCCCUGGGCCCCAGCUGGCCUACAGUUCCUGCUGUGCCUGUGCCUCUAUGAUGGCUUCCUGACGCUCGUGGACCUGCACCAUCACGCCCUACUGGCUGACCUGGCACUUUCAGCCCACGACCGUACCCACCUCAACUUCUACUGCUCCCUCUUCAGUGCGGCCGGCUCCCUCUCUGUCUUUGCCUCCUAUGCCUUCUGGAACAAGGAGGACUUCUCUUCCUUCCGUGCCUUCUGUGUGGCACUGGCUGCUGGCUCGGGGCUGGGCUUUGUGGGGGCCACGCAACUGCUGAGGCAGCAGGUGGAGGUCGGCAGCAGGGAGCCAAGGGGCCAUGCCCUGGCUGCGGAUGGCAGCCUGUGUGGAGAGGAGCUGCUUGUGGGUGGCGAGGAGGCAGGCAGCAUCACUCUGGGCCAGUACCUCCGGCAGCUGGCACGCCACCGGAACUUCAUGUGGUUCGUUGGCAUGGACCUGGUGCAGGUGUUUCACUGCCACUUCAACAGCAACUUCUUCCCCCUCUUCCUGGAGCACCUGCUAGCGGACCACAUCUCCCUGUCCACGGGCACCUUCCUGCUGGGCAUCUCCUACGUGGCUCCCCAUCUCAACAACCUCUACUUCCUUUCCCUGUGCCGCCGCUGGGGUGUCUACGCCGUGGUGCGGGGGCUCUUCCUGCUCAAACUGGGCCUGAGCCUGCUCAUGCUGUUGGCUGGCCCCGAUCACCCUGGCCUGCUCUGCUUCUUCAUUGCCAGCAACCGAGUCUUCACUGAGGGCACCUGUAAGCUGUUGACACUGGUGGUCACUGACCUGGUGGACGAGGACCUGGUGUUGAACCACCGCAAGCAGGCGGCCUCGGCUCUCCUCUUCGGCAUGGUUGCCCUGGUGACCAAGCCGGGCCAGACCUUUGCCCCGCUGCUGGGGACCUGGCUGCUGUGCUUUUAUACAGGUCAUGAUCUCUUCCAGCAGCCCCUGCUGACCCCUGUGGGGAGCACCCAGCCCUGGCCAGAGCUACCAGCCCCGCCUCCGGCCCAGGCCCCAACGCUCCGCCAGGGCUGCUUCUACCUGCUGGUGCUGGUGCCCAUCACCUGCGCUCUGCUGCAGCUGUUCACCUGGUCCCAGUUCACACUGCAUGGGAAACGUCUUUGUAUGGUCAAAGCCCAGCGUCAGAACCUGUCACAGAACCAGACUCUGGACGUUAAGACCGUGUGAGGGGUCACCUGCAGCUGUGGGCAGGAGUCACUUCUGCCAGCCGGGUUUCCGAGUCCUCUGCCUUCCUCCACUGCAGCCUGGGGACAGGAUAGCACAACGGGGACUCCAGAGGCUGCAGCAGGAGUGUCAUGGGGUCCAAGAUCCCACUCUGCUGUCUGGCCCAGCUUGGUCAAGGGCCAGACUCUCUGAGCUCAGGAAGCUGCCUCCCCUGUUGGAGGAGGACCAAGAAGAGAUGAGGCUGCCCUGGGCAGGGGAGCCAGUCUCAUUACCCAGGAUCCCACUACCCAGGUGGGGCUUGCGCUCUGUGUGGGCUCAGGAAACACUGUUUUUUAUACUAGAAGCUCCUUUUCCCCUAUCAGGGGAAGCUGACUGUCGGGGUGUCGUGCCCUCUCCAGCCUCCCCGUCCACACUCACUGGUUUCUGCUCCAGCCCUGCCUCAGGUAGCUGAGGCUGCUGCAGAGCUCCACCCCCACUCCAGCCUCCAAAAGGGCUCAUCUCAUCCCAGAUGGGUGCAUUAAAGCCAGUCGGUUCCCA